GCGCCGCGGCUCUGGGCCCAUGUGGCUGUGAGCCUGCGCAGAGGGCGAAGGGGGCCGCGGGCUCCGCUCUGGCCGCAGGUAACCGGCGCCGCCGCCGCGAUGGGCUGAGGCGGGUCAGCGGCUCUGGGCGGAGCGGGGCCCCCCGAGGAUGGAGAGAGCCAUGGAGCAGCUCAACCGUCUCACCAGGUCCCUGCGCCGCGCCCGCACCGUGGAGCUGCCCGAAGAUAAUGAAACUGCUGUCUACACACUAAUGCCAAUGGUUAUGGCUGACCAGCACAGGUCUGUUUCAGAGCUACUGUCAAAUUCAAAGUUUGAUGUGAAUUAUGCAUUUGGACGUGUGAAGAGGAGCUUGCUUCAUAUUGCGGCAAACUGUGGAUCAGUUGAAUGUCUAGUUCUGCUGUUAAAAAAGGGAGCAAAUCCUAACUACCAAGAUAUUUCGGGAUGUACACCCCUUCAUUUGGCAGCUAGAAAUGGACAGAAGAAAUGUAUGAGCAAGCUCUUAGAAUAUAGUGCAGAUGUCAACAUUUGUAAUAAUGAAGGUCUGACUGCAAUUCACUGGCUUGCUGUCAAUGGGCGAACAGAACUACUUCAUGAUCUUGUACAGCAUGUCAAUAACGUAGAUGUUGAAGAUGCAAUGGGGCAGACAGCACUACACGUGGCUUGCCAAAAUGGUCACAAGACAACAGUGCAGUGUUUAUUAGACAGUGGUGCAGAUAUUAACAGGCCAAACGUGUCAGGAGCAACUCCGCUCUAUUUUGCUUGCAGCCAUGGUCAAAGAGACACUGCACAAAUCCUUUUGAUGAGAGGAGCCAAAUACUUACCAGACAAAAAUGGAGUUACACCACUGGAUCUCUGUGUACAGGGUGGGUAUGGAGAGACUUGUGAAGUUUUAAUACAACAUCAUCCUAGACUCUUCCAGGCAAUUAUUCAAAUGACACAGAAUGAAGAGCUACGGGAAAACAUGUUGCGGCAAGUUCUAGAACACUUGUCCCAGCAGAGUGAAAGCCAGUACCUUAAGAUCCUAACAAGCCUUGCUGAAGUUGCUACAACAAAUGGUCACAAACUACUGAGCUUGUCAAGUAACUAUGAAGCUCAAAUGAAGAGUCUCUUAAGGAUCGUGAGGAUAUUUUGUCAUGUCUUUCGCAUUGGCCCAUCCUCUCCCAAUAAUGGAAAUGACAUGGGCUACAAUGGAAAUAAAACUCCAAGAAGUCAGGUGUUCAAGGUCAGAAAAGUAUAUGACGUUGUUAGGAAGAUAGACGUUAAAGAGAUGAAUUUCACAAAGCAUGCAUUCAUUAAUCAGACAUCUCAUGAACAGGAACCGCUGGAAUUACUCUGGCACUCAUUAGAUGAAUGGCUCGUUCUAAUAGCUACAGAAUUGAUGAAAAACAAAAGAGACUCUGCCAACAUUACAUCCAUUUUACUAAAGCAGAAAGGGCCAAAUCAGCAGGAUGCUACUCUUAAGCAUGCCUUUGACGCUGCAGGAACUGAGAGCAGAGAAAAGCUAUCUCCUGACACAGGGGAUUCUAAAGCAUAUGAUGUUGCCAGGAAGCAGGAAGCUUGUGCAGAUUGCCAGGAUGUUAUCUCAGUGACAGCAAACAGGUUGAGUGCUGUCAUUCAAGCGUUUUAUAUGUGCUGCUCCUGUCAGAUGCCUCAAGGGAUGACGUCACCUCGUUUUAUAGAAUUUGUCUGCAAACAUGACAAUGUUCUUAAGUGCUUUGUGAACCGAAACCCCAAAAUAAUUUUUGACCACUUUCAUUUUCUUCUUGAGUGCCCUGAACUGAUGUCAAGAUUCAUGCACAUCAUAAAAGCACAGCCCUUUAAAGAUCGUUGUGAGUGGUUCUAUGAACAUUUGCACUCUGGACAACCAGAUUCAGACAUGGUGCACAGACCAGUCAAUGAAAAUGACAUCCUGUUGGUUCACAGAGAUUCUAUUUUUAGAAGUAGCUGUGAAGUUGUGUCUAAAGCAAAUUGUGCAAAGCUGAAGCAGGGGAUUGCUGUGCGAUUCCAUGGUGAAGAAGGCAUGGGUCAAGGUGUGGUACGUGAAUGGUUUGAUAUCUUAUCCAAUGAGAUAGUUAACCCAGACUAUGCACUGUUCACCCAGUCAGCUGAUGGAACAACCUUUCAGCCAAACAGCAACUCUUCUGUAAAUCCUGAUCACUUGAACUACUUUCGAUUUGCUGGACAGAUCUUGGGUUUAGCUCUGAAUCACAGGCAGCUGGUCAACAUUUACUUCACAAGGUCAUUCUACAAGCAUAUUCUUGGUAUUCCCGUAAAUUAUCAGGAUGUGGCAUCUAUUGAUCCAGAGUAUGCAAAGAACUUGCAGUGGAUUUUAGAUAAUGAUAUCAGUGAUCUUGGGCUGGAACUGACCUUCUCCGUUGAGACUGAUGUGUUUGGAGCAAUGGAAGAAGUGCCUUUGAAACCAGGGGGUGCAAGUAUUCUUGUUACACAAGACAACAAAGCUGAGUAUGUCCAACUUGUUACUGAACUUCGAAUGACAAGAGCCAUUCAGCCUCAGAUAAAUGCUUUUUUGCAAGGAUUUCAUAUGUUCAUACCACCUUCUCUUAUACAGCUUUUUGAUGAAUAUGAACUGGAGCUGUUGCUGUCUGGUAUGCCAGAAAUUGAUGUGAGUGAUUGGAUAAAAAAUACAGAAUACACAAGUGGCUACGAAAGAGAAGACCCUGUUAUUCAGUGGUUCUGGGAUGUUGUAGAAGAACUAACUCAGGAAGAGCGAGUGUUACUAUUACAAUUUGUUACUGGCAGUUCCAGGGUUCCUCAUGGUGGCUUUGCCCAUAUAAUGGGUGGCAGUGGAUUGCAGAAUUUCACAAUUGCAGCUGUGCCAUAUACUCGAAAUUUGCUACCAACAUCAAGUACAUGUAUCAACAUGCUCAAGUUACCUGAAUAUCCAAGCAAAGAAAUCCUUAAGAACAGGCUUCUUGUGGCAUUACACUGUGGAAGCUAUGGUUACACAAUGGCAUAAUGAAGUCUGGAAAACUCAUCUGACUACUGAUGCGCAAUUCAGAGUGGCAGAAGUAAUUUUGGAAACUGUCAACACAAAAGCAGCCUAUAUGCUGCGACUCAGAGACAGGGCUGACUU